UCAUAAAUUAUCUGUUGCCAGGAAAAAAUUAAAAGUGUCAACUCAAGGAAUACUAAAAAAACUGACAAAAAACUGGAAAACUGCUCCUGUUAGCAAGGUCAUUGCUGCUAAAAAGGCCCCUGCUACAACUAAUGAUACUGCUGGAAAAUGAGUGAUACACAGAAGAAAUUAGUGCAUGAAAUAGGACUGGGGCCGUUGUUGGAUAUAGAACUUCCUCAGCUUGACAAACAAUUCAGCCAUUGGGUUUUAGAUAGCUUUGAAGUCAGUAGUUGUAGUUUUGAGCUGCCUAAAGGUGAGAAAAUUGAAAUUGAGGUGGAGGAUGUGAGAAUUGUAUAUGGUUUGCCAAUGGGAGACAUUCCCAUUGUUGAAGCCAAAUCAGACAGAGCAAGUGAAGAUUUUGGUGUAUUUAUAAAAAAAUUGGAGGUCAAAAUGGCAAGGCAAAACACCAUCUAUAAACCAAAUUAUUGCUCAAUAUACAAGUGAUAAAUUCAAAAACCAAAGGCCAGCAGAAGAAGAUUUUCUCACCAACUUUUUGGUAGUUGCUGUGAAUUGUUUGAUGAAGUGUAUUUCAAACAACCAAUGCCAUUUCAAGUUUCUGUUUUCUAUGAUGGACAAAGAAAAAAUAAAAAACUUGAAUUGGUGUCAGUACGUGUUUGACUCUCUCAUCAGUUGCCAUGUGACAUGGAGAAAGAGUGGAGGAAAAGGAUUCUACAAUGGACCACUGCAAUUUCUGAUGGUAAGUUUACAACACACAAUAGUAAAUUAUAAAAUGUUCAUUUUAGUAACAAUGAAUGUUCAUUAACAAAAUGUUAAAUAUCGAUUUCGUCUAAAAUUUUAAUCUUUUAUAUUAAUUGUUCAUUUGUAUUAUAUUAUAUGUUCAUUUAUAGUAAUGGGUUUUGGUGCAGCUGUUCUACUUUGACAGAGUUCAAAGAUUGAACAAAAAACAACCAAGAACAAUUCCAAUAAUUUCUUGUUGGAAAAGGGAUAUGUCACUUGAAAGGAUAAAAACAGAAAAUGAUUUGAACUAUGGAUAUGGAAAAGUCCUUCCAAGAAUAGAAGAAAAGCCUGAAGACAAUCCUAAGGUCUUUAUGAAUGAAUUUGCAUCAAUGGUACAAGAAGUUGGUGCAUCUUUGGCAAGACUUUCUACCAAAUUGGUUAAGGCAAAAGAGCUCUUCCCUGGGAAUCAGUUGGUCAAGAAGGUAGAUGAAGUGUUGGGAAAGAUGGCAAUAGAACCAUCAAUUCUCAGCAGAGAUGAAGAAAUAUUUGGAUCAGAGGAUUUUUUGAAUGCCAUAGCUCAAAUUGAGAAGGAUCUGAUGGAGGCAAGUGAAGCAGAAAAAAAAGAAAAUAGGAAAUGAGAAGGAAUAUGAUAUAAGGAAGGCAUUCAGUUUGGGUUGCAACUUAACUCCCCCAACUCCAACAACUGGUAAA